UACAAACAUUUAUCAGACUUAUACAUAUAUGAAAAACAUGUGACCUCGUGAAUGGUAGAUAAUUUUAAACUUGGCACAGAUUCAUUGACACAGGGAUUCCAUUGUCAAAGAAGUGCCUGCAGGUAGCACUGCUGUUCUGAAUUGUAAUAGCAAUGAUUAUGCCCACAAUUUUAUGUUUUGGCUUGUCAAUAAAACAAAAGUAAUUGGCCCUGACAAUGACUUUGAUGAGCGGAAAUAUAAAUAUAAUGUUUUAUCGGGAAAACUAAAGAUAAAUAAUGUAUCGCCAAGUGAAUCUGGCCAGUAUGUAUGCUUAUCAAAACAUCUUGAUGGUUCAAAAAUCUCAGCCGGUGAAGUAGAGAUGAUAGUAAAAGGUUCAACAUUCUCAGCGAUAGAUGCAGUGAAACUUGUUGCUAUUGUGGUGUCUAUCAUUGUCAUCAUUGGUUGUGCUGUUAUUUAUUGGCGACUAAGGAAACAAUGGAGAAAGUAUGAUGGACGGACAGUUGUACCAGUGGAUGAAGUUGAAGAGGAGGAUGGGGAUGAAAUUUACAACCGCACCACAAAGGCCAUCACUCCAGUAGCUGGACCCAGCAGGAAUGUAUCAUCUGAACAUUUAUUGUAUGGCAUAGACAAUCAGGGCCUUGACACUGAUUUUAAUUCAGUGUUUGAAAAUAUACAGAUAAAAACACCAAGCCCUAGUCUUAUAUAAAAUUCUAUUUAUUAUUUAUAUUGAUUUCUAACUCUUCAAUAGUACUGUAGUUUUAAUUCAGUCAGAACAUUUGCAGGCACAUUUUAAUGUAACUUGUAAGUAUUAAGAAUAGUAAUGUAAAAAUAUUGUAUUAUUUAUAUUCAAGAAUAAAUAUAAUAUUAAUGUUUUGGUUUCAUUAAACUGCUGAUGCAAAAAUGGGAUUACUUUAAUGACCAAUGAUCUAUUUACUUAGCAAAUUAUUUUACUUUAAGUUGCAGCC